UCUAACCUCGCGGUUCUCGUUUUGUUUAUUUCUAUUGUUUUUGAAAACAAUGAAUAUUUUAUCAGAAGUUAACUUUACUUGCAGGGUGAGCUCGGUUUUGAACAAAGAAGUAAAGCAAUAUGGAAAACAAUUCAUGUUUGACAAGAAAGAAGACACUUCGUGGAGUUCGGAUGAGGGAAAUCCCCAAUGGAUUACCGUGAGUUUAGAUGAGCCACAAAACAUUUCGGGAUUUAGUUUGCAAUUUCAAGGAGGAUUCGCUGGCCUUAAAUCUAGAGUGAUAUUUUAUUCCACUGACGGAGUCCAAUUACAUGAAGAGCCAUUUUAUCCUGAAGAUAUCAACUCAUCUCAGGUGUUUCAAGUUAAGGAUACAGCCCGGCAGAAAGCUUCUUCAAAGAUAAAGUUGGUCUUCGAAUCCAGUACAGAUCUUUUUGGUAGAAUCAUUGUUUAUAACCUCCAGCUGUUUUCGUAGCCUAGGAAAUAAAGGAAGUGUUUACAAACUA